AUGGUUAACUGGAGCGAUCCUGUGACUAUCCAGAAUCAGUCGCUCGCGACGGUCAAGUUGACGCACGCUGUAACUGGAGUGUACAUCUGGGAGAUCGUGUCAAGCUUCGCCUACGACUGGCAUUUGAUCACUAAGCCAGUCCCAGGACGAUCACUGUUGACCAAGAUUUGCUAUAUUGCAUGCCGGUACCUAUGUCUGGCUGCACUCGUCGCUGUCUUGAUCGGCUUCAAUGUCACAACUGAGAUCGAUUGCCAGAGCUGGUUACUCUCGGUAUAUAUAUUGGGAUUCCUUGCCUUCGAACUUGCCAGCGUUCUCAUCGCCAUUCGCGUACUGGCCAUCUGGCGGCGAGCUACACCCGUUCUAGCCGUGAUCGUUGCGGCGCUCCUCACUCAAUUCUCGUUCAUCAUCUACCUUUCCACGCAGACUCACGCGCACUGGGAUCCAGCAGCUGGUGGGUGUGCAUACGAUGAUACUGAGACUGCGAGGAUGUUCUACACAACCACCCUCUGUGUGGACACGACUUUACUCUGUCUUAUGCUGUUUGGUCUCAUGCAGUUAAAUGACGCGAGGAGACACGGCCUGUGGAAAUUUCUGUGGCUUCAGGGUGUCUUCUGGGUGUUCCUAGUUAUGCUCGUCGAAAUUCCUUCCGUCACGUUCAUGUGGUUGAACUUGAACCAGCCCAUGAAUGUGAUUUUCACCAUACCCGAGCUUGUCGCACUGGUCAUAGCCGCGACACGUAUGUACCGAUCUCUGACCAACUUUAGUGACAACUACGUACCCUCCGCCAACAAGCCUUCGGUGCCGCACUCGCGCGAUUUCGAGAUGAAUCCACGAGAGGGCCGCCCGACGGCACGUUGUAUCCAAGAUUAUUUCUUCGUCACAUCCCGGGUAUCCGUCUACUCGACCGUCCAGAUGAAUGGGAUUAGUACAACUAUCAGCCCAUCUACAGCCAUUACUGCACGUACGACAUCCUCGACGUCGUCACCGGUAGACUGGAAUUUUCCUUCCUGGCCUUCAGAGUCGUUCGGCGGUCCCGACUUCCCUUCCGGUUGGUAUCGUCCAACUAGCUCCUCUCCGCCAUCCUCUCCUUCUAUAACAUCGACGAUCCACACAACACCGCCGUCUUCUGUGUCUCCGGUGAUACACACACCUAAUACGAUGUCAUCUAGCCAACCGCUGCCCUCAAUCACUGUGGCCUCUUCAGCACACUCUGGCGUCAAUGUAUCUGUAGCCGUGGGAGGUGCAACGGCGGGUGGUGUUGUGGUUAUAACACUUUUGCUCGCAUUGCUGUUUUACUUCUUCAAGAGGCGGCGCGCUGGUCCCACCAGCUCGAACGAGGACCCAUUGGCGAGCACGGUCGUUCAAUAUCCAUUUUCUUUACCGAGGAUGCGGGCAGAAGACAAGUGGUUGCAUCAGAGUGGAGGUCAGGGGAUAAUUGGUCGUACGGAAGCCGUCGAAAACAACACGCGUAUGCCGGGGAGGCGCAGUACAGAGAGACAAGGUUCGCCCAGACCGCAGGACUUGCAGGUCUCGGUGGAACACUCGCCCAUGAUCGAUAUUGCUGCAGCGUCAGCGAUGUUUCGACAGUUGGAGGGGUUCAUGCGCUCGUCCAACGUUGGUCGCCGACAAGCAGAGCCGGCACUCGAGGACACCAAUAGUAGCUCGGACUCUCUACCACGGUACGAUGCAAUAGCCUAG